AUGGACCUCUUUCAACGCCUCGACGAAGAUAUUACAAACAUCAUCAUUGAACAUGGUUUCCUCAACAUCGACAAGUUGCGCUUUGCGACGGAACGCGAGGUCGAGCGUGCUGCCGUCAGGGCGCUCGAAAUAGCUACCCCUGACCAGCAGCUCGCUAUUGCCAUGAGACAGAGUGUCAUGGGAAUAGAAGGCGACGACGCCAUUGUUAACGAAGAUGAAAAUGGGGCCAACGAUAAUGAUGCCAACAAUAACGCCGGUAAUGUUGUCAAUGAGGAUACGGGAGGUUACAUCGGCUGGGAAGAACGCAACCGCCUCCUUGUUGAUACUCGAAACAACAGUGCAGAAACCUCAGAUGCCGAAGACGACAACAACAACGACAACAACGACAGAAGCGAAUGCGUCGUCUGCUUCACAGCACGACGACCCCUCUGCCGCCUCCCCUGCGGCUGCCGCAUGUGCUCCCGCUGUCUCCGGCGCUGUCUCCGCGCGGGCUUGCGUCCGGGAGGCUGGCCGCCGCGGUGCUGUCAGCCUCUGGCACCGGAAAACGUCGAGCAGGCCGGCGCGGGACUGCCGCGGCUGGUGAGGCUGUAUAGACAGGUCCGGGUUGAGGAGGAGACGCCGGGCGAGGAGAGGGUGUAUUGUGCCAGGCCGGAGUGUGCUGCGUUCAUACCGGCUGGUGUUGGUUCUACUUGUCUUGCAUGUGGGCAGGGGACGUGUCGCCAGUGUCGGAGACCGCUCCACCCGGGACAGCUGUGUGGUACCGAGGCCGAGGAUGCGGCGUUGAUGGAUGUCAUGGACGAGCUUCAUCUUUCGCCUUGUCCCAGUUGUCGGAGGAUUAUCGAGCGUGCGGGCGGGUGUACGCACAUGACGUGA